UGCGCCUCUCCUGGCUGUCUGUCAGACAAGACUGAGGGCACAGGAACCCACAGUGCGCCGUCUGCUAGGCUGGUACCUCAACACAUUGUUAAAGCCGCUGGGAACCGCUCGUGAAUCCCCGCUCUGUUUGUCUGAAGCCCGGACAGGACUAGUGACCGCGGAGCAUCUUUUUCUUCUGCCGGCGGAGCGGAACACAGGCUGUUGCCAUGACAACAGACGAGGCCGAGAGUCAGCAGAAGAAGCCGAGGCAGCAGGAGGAAGCGGGCCAGGACGCCGGGCCGCCCCCCUCCCCGGAGGAGCAGCCGUUCCGGCCUCGGAACCGCAACUCUGCCGGCCGCGGCCUCUCCCGCCUCUUCUCCUCUUUCCUGAAGAGGCGCUCGCACUGUGACAGCGAGGCGGGAGACAAGGACGACAAGGAAGAAGAAGAAGCUAAAGCCCCCAUCGCCGACCCCGAACCUGAGCUGAGGACGGAGGGGGAGGCAGCGCUGGACCAGCACUCAGUCAGCAGUGCCGAGCCUCAGGCUGUGCAGGUAGAGAAGAAAGAAGCUGAGGAGGAGGAGGAGGAGGAGGAGGAGGAGGAGGAAGAAGAAAAGGAGGGUGGAAAGGACAAAGACAACGCCACGGAGAAAGGAGACGAAGCUGCCCUGGAGAAGGAGGCCAAGGAGCAGGAGGAGGAGCAGGAGUGUGGCGGUGAGAGAGAGGAAGAGGGCGAGAAGAUGGCCGAGGACGAGGCCAAAGCUCCCAGAGCUCCACGCCAAGCCAAGAGCAUGCAGAUCACUGUUGCGCUGCUGGACGACACACUCUACCAGUGUGAGCUGGAUAAACAUGCCAAAGGCCAGGAGCUGUUCCUGAAGGUGUGUGACCACCUCAACCUGCUGGAGAAAGACUACUACGGUCUGGUCGUCACGGAGACAGCCACCAUGAAGACCUGGAUGGACCUAACCAAGGAAAUCCGCCGGCAGGUACGAGGGGCCAACUAUAACUUCACCUUCAAUGUGAAAUUCUACCCACCAGACCCAGCCCAGCUGUCUGAAGACAUAACCAGGUACUACCUGUGUCUCCAGCUGCGGAAGGACAUCCUGCAGGGCCGCCUGCCCUGCUCCUUCGUCACCCUGUCCCUGCUGGGUUCCUAUGCCCUGCAGUCGGAGCUGGGCGAGUACGACCCCGAGGUGCACGGCAGCCAUUACGCUAAGGAGAUGAAGAUGGCCCAGGGUCAGACCAAGGAGCUGGAGGACAAAAUGAUGGAGCUCCACCGUACCUACAGGUCAAUGAGUCCAGCCCAGGCAGACCUGAUGUUCCUGGAGAACGCCAAGAAACUGUCCAUGUACGGAGUGGACCUGCACCAGGCCAAGGAUCUGGACGGUGUUGACAUCAUGCUGGGGGUUUGCUCCAGUGGUCUGAUGGUUUACAAAGACAAACUGAGGAUCAACCGUUUCCCCUGGCCCAAAGUCCUCAAGGUCUCAUACAAACGCAGCAGCUUCUUCAUCAAAAUCCGACCGUCCGAGGUGGAACAAUAUGAGAGUGCCAUUGGCUUCAAACUACCCAAUUACAAGGCAGCCAAGAAGCUGUGGAAGGUGUGUGUGGAGCAUCACACCUUCUUCAGGCUGACCUCCACUGAGAUGGUCACCACUCCCAGGAAGUUCCUGGCGUUGGGCUCCAAGUUCCGCUACAGCGGCCGGACUCAGGCUCAGAGCAGACAGGCCAGCUCUCUGAUCGACAGACCGGCUCCUCUGUUCCAGCGCUCGUCCAGCAAGAGGAACUCCCGCAGCCUGGAUGGAGCCAUGGCAUCCACUCCUGACAAUAAAUCCACUCGUCCGGUCAGCGCGCCUGUUAUGUGUGCGGUGUCUCCGGGGGAGGGGAGUCCCUCGCCGCUGCUACCCGCCCUGCCACGCUCUAACCACCAUGACGGCUCCACAGCCAAAGGCCAGCGCUCUGCAGACAGGAAGGCAGCGGGGAAGGCAGAGGGUCAGCCAGCCGAACACACCAAGAGCCACAGCCCCAGACCAGAGGCCACUCCAGACAUCAAGCAGACAGUGGCCCGGAGAGAGCGCAGACACUCGCCCUCUGUCACCACCGCCAAUGGGAAGAGAGAGAAAAAGAGCCAGCACUCUCCUCAGGACAGAACAAAGACGGAGAUGGUGCGGGUGAGGAAGAAAAGAGCUAAGAAACUUGAGGGUGAAACUAUUUAUAUCAGACAUAGCAAUUUAAUGUUGGAGCUUAACCCUAAAGGCUUGGCAUGCACUAUUUUCCUCUCUGAUUCUCAUGACCUGGAUAAGACCCAGACCGAGAUCAUGCGUCACCAUACUAGCGUCAGUGAGCUGAAGAGGAGUUUCAUGGAGUCGGUGCCGGAGCCUCGGCCCAGUGAGUGGGACAAGCGUCUGUCCACCAACUCGCCUUUCCGCACAGUGAGCAUCAACGGCCAGCUACAGCCAGCGUCUCCUGUGCUAAAGACCCAGACAAUCACCAUCUCAGACGUCACCAACUCCCUGAGAGGAACUGUGACCUGCAAGGACAUCCCUUUAGUUCACACUGAGACCAAGACCAUCACAUACGAGUCAGCACAGGUGUCUCUCCCACAGCCAGUGGACAGCCUGGCAGAGAGGGACUCAGCAGUGCUGCUGAGUGCCCAGACCAUCACCUCGGAGACCGUCAGCACCACCACCACCACCCAGAUCACCAAGACGGUGAAAGGAGGGAUCUCUGAGACUCGCAUUGAGAAGAGAAUCGUCAUCACUGGAGACACUGAAAUUGAUCACGACAAGGCUUUGGCUCAGGCCAUUAAAGAGGCGAAGGAGCAGCACCCAGACAUGUCUGUUACCAAAGUGGUCGUGCACCAGGAGACAGAGAUCAGCCCAGAGUAAGACACACUGAUCCUUUGGAAGCCAUCACAGCCACUGCCCUGCCUUGGACAUGAACCAGCAGACCAUCAGAGGGAACAAGCUUCGAUGUUGGACUCUGAACCUUAACCUCCACGAGUGUGGAUUUGGCCUGAAGGAGAACCGUCCCAGUAUUCCCCACAAUCCCCUCUGGUUCCAUUAAAGAUCAACUGCUGGACUGAUGAAAAAAACUUUUUUAAAGAGAAACAAGAAAAUAAAGUACAGCAUUUGUGGGUUUAUUCCUCUCCAAUUUGUCUGGGGAGUUUAGGAAAAUUUCCAAGGGCAUUUGGUCUUUUAAUCUUGAGAUUACUGGUACUUUAUUUUUCUACAGCUUUUCUUACCAUCAGAAUUGGUUAUCAAUAACUUGAAGGUCAAGUGUUUUUUAACAAUGUGUUCCAAACAGCAUCGACAAAGGGAUUGUGGGUGAUUUUUCUUGGGAUUAUACUCAUCAGGACUCGAGGGUCCCUCUCAAAUUUUAGUGCAAGUUUGGUGUCAUUUCUUGUACAGUAAAUAUUUUAUUUUCCCUCUCAAUUGUGAAAAAAAUAUUUUUUCAAUUUAUGUAUAAAAAAAGAAUGAUUUUAUCAAACCACAGGGGCAAUUACUCCUUUCACCGUAUCUAGAGUUCUGACUCAAUGAUUUGUUGGGUGAUCUUCCCAUCUUUUGAUUGUUUUAGUUGUUCUUGUUGUUCUUGUAGUUCUUGUAGUGCUCGUGUCACCAGAACAGGAGACAGCAGUGUACUGAAAUGACUCUGACUUUAUUUAUUCCCACCUCUGUCUUCUGUUUGUGUCUUUAUGUUUUAGAUCUACUCAGCACAGUCGUAUGUAACUUCAGGAUUUUGUACUGAGAGCAUUCCAGAUGCAGUCUUAGUCUGAGCAUGACAUCAGCAUCUACAGUAUUUCUGCACAUGUUUCACAUUUCUACUUUUCUACCAAAUGGGCAGUGUGUACUCAUCUACAGAGAGGGAAUUCAAAUGAAAGUAAACUCAAACAUGACAUGAGGUUGAUUAGAGAAAAGUGAAGUGACGAGCACAGGAUAAUAGUUCCUCAUUAAACUGCAUACGUUUUGAUAUGCAUCAUCAAGCCUUUACUUUCACGCUUGUAAUUUGAUUAUAACCUGAUUAAGGCAAUACUCCAGUUAUUUCAACUGUCACAUCAACACAUCAACAAGGUUAUCUGGGUAAUGUAGUUAUUGGCACUCAUUAAUUAGGCCAGUUGUUAACAUUCAGCCAUCGAGUGAAUUUGAGGUCUGCACAAAGCUUAAAGGAUGAUUCCAGUUUAACUUGGGUCAUAUUUUUGUAGUUUUGCCCAUCAUUUCGAAGUUAUUGUAGCAUUUUACACACCCAUAAAUUAAUGAGGUGUGGGAAUACAACAUCACUAUGACAUAAAGUCUGAAACAUGAGCAGUCAGACAGACUGGAAAGAAGCCAACCGUUUAUUUAUGAUGAUGCUGCAGUAACUUUCUGUUUGCACAGUUUUUGAUUGGAUAGGACUUAUGUUUCCUAGCAAACAAUUCACAAAUUAUGUAAUAGAUGAGAUAUACAUUCUAAUGGUGCAAUCUGAUUGAGUAAAUUACUAGUAGUUUCUAGUAGUUAUACACAAACUGAGAAAUGGGUGAAAAUAUGAUCCAAGUUGUAAUAAACUUGAAUUAUUCAUUAUAACCGGCCUGUCUUGAUAUACUGUACAUCUUCCAUUAUGAUUUGAUAAUGUGAUUUUGCAUAUUUUGCUAGUCACAGAAACUAAACUCAGGAAUUAGCUCAGAACUAAAAGUCUAUACUCAUGGACCCUUGCUGUCAGAGUGGAUGUCAUUAGUUGAAACUGUUGCUGCUGUUUAUUUGAUCAAUCUACAAGCAGGUGAUGAUGUAUGAUAGGAAUGAAAAACUAAUACAUGAAUUAUAAUUGUCAAUGCAAAAACAGGCAUUCAUUUUGCUUUUCUAGAUUUUUCCUUCGAGCUACAACAUGUGUUUAAGAAAAUAGCCCCAUUGUAUAAACAUUGUAUAAACAACACAGA